CAUCCGUUUACCCUGUGGAGGCAGGGGCCUUUGGCAAGAAGGGAGCUUAAGGCUUCUGUAGUCUUGGUGCUAAGCCAGGUCUUGAGGAGAGGAUCCCUGUGUCCCUGCCCGCUAUCAGGCACAGGCAGAGCCUCAGGGCAGACCCGGCUUUUUGGUAGGCGUUCUUGGGACUGAGGGUGAGGUCAGGAGGAGCUGGGUGGGCAUGUGGCCCCUCCCUAGGUCAGCCAUGCCUCUGGAGAGAGGGUGCAGCUGGAGCAGCCUGGUAGAGCUGGCACCGCCCUGGCUGACCUGCCCCCACACGCAGCCUCCGCUCUGGAUCUCAAAGGUAUGCCACCACGCCGACUGCCAGCAGCUGCACCUCCGCGGGCCACUCAACCUCUGCGAAGCCUGUGACAGCAAGUUCCACAGCGCCAUGCAUUACGACGGGCACGUCCGCUUCGACCUGCCGCCCCAAGGUUCAGUCCUGGCCCGGAACGUGUCCACCCGGUCCUGCCCCCCACGCACAGGCCCCGUGGCGGACUUGGAGGAGGAGGAGGAAGGCUGCACAGAUGGCAAAGGAGACCGGAAGAGCACAGGCCUAAGACUCUCAAAGAAGAAGGCGAGGAGGAGACACACAGAUGACCCAAGCAAGGAGUGCUUCACCCUGAAAUUCGACCUGAAUGUGGAUAUCGAGACUGAGAUUGUACCAGCCAUGAAGAAGAAGUCUCUGGGGGAGGUACUGCUGCCUGUGUUUGAAAGGAAGGGCAUCACACUGGGCAAAGUGGACAUCUACCUGGACCAGUCCAACACACCCCUCUCCCUCACCUUUGAGGCCUACAGGUUUGGAGGACACUACCUGCGGGUCAAAGCCAAGCCCGGAGAUGAAGGCAAGGUGGAGCAGGGAGUGAAGGAUUCCAAGUCGCUGAGUCUGCCGAUCCUGCGGCCAGCUGGGGCCGGGGCCCCCACCCUGGAGCGCGCAGACCCUCAGAGCCGCCGGGAGAGCCUCGACAUCUUGGCCCCUGGCCGACGCCGCAAGAACAUGCUGGAGUUCCUGGGGGAGGUGAGCAUCCCUGGGCAGGAGCCGGCCACCCCCUCUAGCUGCUCCCUGCCCAGCGGCAGCAGCGGUGGCCCAAGCAAUACCGGUGGAGAGAGCUGGAAGAACCGGGCCGCCAGCCGCUUCAGUGGCUUCUUCAGCUCGGGCCCCAGUGCCAGUGCCUUUGGUCGGGAGGUGGACAAGAUGGAGCAAUUAGGAGGCAAGCUGCAGGCCUAUAGCCUCUUUGGGCUGCCCCGGCUGCCCCGGCGACUGCGAUUCGACCACGACUCAUGGGAGGAGGAGGACGAGGAUGAGGAGGAGGACGAGGACGACACCUGCCUGAAGCUGGAGGACAGUUGGCGGGAACUCAUUGAUGGGCAUGAGAAGCUGACACGGAGGCAGUGCCACCAGCAGGAGGCGGUGUGGGAGCUCCUGCACACAGAGGCCUCCUACAUCAAGAAGCUGAGGGUGAUCACCAACCUGUUCCUGUGCUGCCUUCUGAACCUGCAAGAGUCGGGGCUGCUGUGUGAGGUGGAGGCGGAGCGAUUGUUCAGCAACAUCCCCGAGAUCGCGCGGCUGCACCGCGGGCUGUGGGGCAGCGUGAUGGCGCCGGUGUUGGAGAAGGCUCGGCGCACGCGGGCACUCCUGCAGCCCGGGGACUUCCUCAAGGGCUUCAAGAUGUUCGGCUCCCUCUUCAGGCCCUACAUCCGCUACUGCAUGGAGGAGGAGGGCUGCAUGGAGUACAUGCGGGGGCUGCUCCGGGACAACGACCUUUUCCGCGCCUAUGUCACGUGGGCCGAGAAACACCAGCAGUGCCAGCGGCUGAAGCUGAGCGACAUGCUGGCCAAGCCCCACCAGCGACUCACCAAGUACCCUUUGCUGCUCAAGUCCCUGCUGCGAAAGACGGAUGAACCGCGUGCCAAGGAAGCCAUCGUCACCAUGAUCAGCUCAGUGGAGCGCUUCAUCCACCACGUGAACGCGUGCAUGCGGCAGCGGCAGGAGCGGCAGCGGCUGGCAGCCGUGGUGAGCCGCAUCGAUGCCUAUGAGGUCGUGGAAGGCAGCAACGACGAAGUGGAUAAGCUCCUGAAGGAGUUCCUGCAGCUGGAUUUGACAGUGCCUAUGCCCGGUGCCCCCCCAGAGGAGACACGGCAGCUACUGCUGGAGGGGAGCCUGAGAAUGAAGGAGGGGAAGGACAGCAAGAUGGACGUGUACUGCUUCCUCUUCACGGACCUGCUCUUGGUGACCAAGGCGGUGAAGAAGGCUGAGAGGACCAAGGUCAUCAGGCCACCACUGCUAGUGGACAGGGUUGUGUGUCGGGAGCUGCGGGACCCUGGGUCCUUCCUCCUCAUCCACCUGAAUGAGUUCCACAGCGCCGUGGGGGCCUACACCUUCCAGGCCAGUGGCCAGGCCUUAUGCCGCAGUUGGGUUGACGCCAUUUUCAAUGCCCAGAACCAGCUGCAGCAGCUGCGCUCACAGGAGUCCCCAGGCAGCCAACAGCCCCUGCAGAGCCUGGAGGAGGAGGAGGAUGAGCAGGAGGAGGAGGAAGAGGAGGAGGAGGAUGGGGAGAGCAGCACAUCGGCAGCCAGCUCCCCAACCAUUCUACGCAAAAGCAGUGAUAGCCUGGACUCUCAGCACUGUGCCUCAGAUGGCUCCACAGAGACCCUGGCCAUGGUGGUGGUAGAGCCGGGGGAGACGCUGUCCUCGCCUGAGUUUGAAGGCGGCCCCUUCAGCUCCCAGUCAGAUGAGACCUCCCUCAGCACCACAACCUCCUCCAUCACUCCCACCAGCGAGCUGCUGCCCCUGGGCCCCGUGGAUGGCCGGUCCUGUUCCAUGGACUCUGCCUACGGCACCCUCUCGCCCACCUCCGUACAAGACUUUGUGGCCCCAGCCCCUGUGGCGGAGCCAGUGCCCCGGUCCCCAGAGUUGCCUCAAGUGCCCUCGCCUCCACCCUCACCCCGUCUUCGCCGCCGUCGCACCCCUGUCCAGCUGCUGCCCUGCUUGCCCCACUUGCUCAAGUCCAAGUCGGAGGCAAGCCUCCUCCAGCUGCUGUCAGGGAAUGCCAGGCUCGGAGCACCGCCAGCACCUAGCCGCAGCCGCUCGGAGCUCUGCCUGGCUGCUACCACUCCCCGAGUUAGGACUCAGGGCCCGCCUCGGGAAGCUCGGCCCCGCUGGGACUGCCAAGAAGCACCCAGCCCUGGCAGUGGCCCUGAGCUGUCAGAGUCUGAGGAUGGAGCCAGCGGCCCAGCUGGGGAGCCCACAGACCCUACCAAGAGGCAGUGCAGGGAGCUGCCCUUAGGGUCCUUGUCCAGGGUCCAGCCUGAGUCCCCCCCAAGCAUCUCUGCCCAGCACAGAAAGCUGACCUUGGCCCAGCUCUAUCGAAUCAGGACCACCCUGCUUCUCAACUCCACGCUUACUGCUUCGGAGGUAUGAGCAGAGGGAGGCUCCCAAGCGUGCCACUGCCCAAGGGAGAGCAGGCAGCAUGCCUCGAGGGUGCCGCUGACUGCCCCAGCCCCUGCCUCUGGGCAGGGAAUGUGGGCAUUCCUGUCGCCAUGGGGCCAAUUUGCACUUUGUCAGACUGUCUGGAUGGAAUUGGGGGAUGCCCAGGCCGCAGAACCAUGCCCCCUAUACCCCCCCCACUGCCACCGCCCUCACUAACCUGACCUGGGUCUGCCCAGCCCGGGGUCCCUUGCCCCCUCCUGGAUGUUUCCAGCUGUGCACCCUGGGCUAGACUCCAGGGCUUGGGAUCCAGGCUUCCCUCCCCCAUCUUUUACCCCCAACUGGACUGGACCUUCCCCUGUCCCCACCCUCCCCAGCCCUGCUGGCCUCACAGGCCUUGGGGCGGGCUCCGUGUAAAGGUGCAUAUUUAUUGAGCUUUCAGUUCUUUUAUAAAAAUAUGUAUAUACUCCAUUGGAAA